AUGGGUAACUUUUUCUCAAAAAAGGAUACUUUUGAGAAAAAGGUUUUAGCUAUGGAGACCAUGAUUACUAAUAUGGAAUCCAAAAAUAAAUGCUCAAAAGAAUUUCAUGAUAAUAAUUAUAAAAAAAUUAUUUUUUAUUUUAUUAUUAUAGAAAUUAUAUUAGCAUAUUUUUUAUACAACGUAAUUUUUUCAUCCGAAGCAUUGUCUGAAAAGGCAAUGUAUUUCGUAUAUUCAUUUUUAAUUUCAAUAGGAAUCUAUACUUUUGCAAAACUAUAUAGAUUUACAUAUUGUAAAUUAAUUAAUAAUAAUGAAAAAAAAAUAAAAAAAUUAUAUACAGGUCUCGAGAGAUUAUUCGAGGAAAGAAAACGUGUGACCGAUUAUGAACACACAAAAAAACUUUUCGAGAAAUAUGAAAAUUUUAAAAAACAAAAUCCUAGUGAUCAAAUAGAUAAUAAUAGAUAA